AUGCCGAGGUUCUCUUCUGACAUUCUGGAGCCAGGACGCCAGGAGAGAAGACGCAUCCCAGGCGUAGGGCUGGCCAUUAACGCUAACUCGGCCGAUCACAGCCUGCCGACAAGCCCAGGCCUGACGCAGUCCCUCCAGUGCACGGUGCAAAACCAUAUGCAGGACGAGCAGGUGCGCUGGUUCCGGGAAGGCAGGCAGGUCAGCCUGAAAGACGGCAACCAAGUGAACGCCAGCAGCAUCUGCGUCUCCCCUGUCACCGUGGAGGAUGAUGGCGUGUCCUUCACCUGCAAGCUGGCCCGAAAUGACUCCGUCCAAGUCUCUGUGACCCUGGACGUCAAGUUCGCCCCUAUCCUGAGCGGGGAAGACCCUCCUCCAGCCGCAGAGGAGAGCGAUGUGACGCUGAGCUGCCACGUCAAGGCCAACCCUCCGGCUCAGAUGAGCUGGUGGAAAAACGACAGCACGCUGACCCUGGAAAAAUCCCGGUACCAGAUCCUACAGACCGCUGAGGUCUUGCAGCUGAAGAUCCAGAGCGUCCAGAAAUCAGACGCUGGGACGUACACCUGCGUGGCCCAGUCCACCGACGGAGAAGCAAAGAGGAGCUUCCACCUGGUCGUCGAAGAUAAGAAAAUCCCUUUUCCAACGGAGGCCGUCAUCACCGCAGCCGUGGUGGUUUUCCUCACCAUCCUCUUUGCUGUCGUAGCGCGUCGAGAGAAGAUCUUCAAGUGCUUCAAGAAAGCAAAGGCGUCACCAACCAACACUGCUCUGUAGGGGAAGGAAUUCUGACCUCAGAACCACCACAGAAGCAUCCUCGGUCGCUCCCCCGGAUUCUCUUGGGCUGCUCCUCUUGGAUUUAUUA